UGCCACAGCUAGUUUCCCAAUGUUGCUGUCGGCAGCAGUCGCAUUACUACUUCUUUUCAUAAUCAUGGACGUGUCGUACUUCAUUCGAGGGCUUCAGGUGUAUGCGCGCGGUCUCUUGCGUCCCCCGAUCACUAACAUUCUUCAGGAGCUGACGCUGAGAGGUCGAGUCCUUGCCACUGAUGUUGACUUCUUCGGACACAUGAACAACGGCCGUUACCUCCGCGAGUGCGACUUCGGCCGCAUUUACUUGUACACGCGCAAUGGAAUCCUCAAGGCAACGCAGACAUUGGGAGCGAACCUGGUGGUGGGAGCCUUAACGAUCCGCUAUCGGCGGUCCUUGAAGUUUUUGGAGCCCUUCGAGCUGCAAACCCGCAUCAUCGCCUGGGAUGACAAGGCUUUUUAUGUUGAGCAGCGCUUUCUGUCGGCACGGGACGGUUUUAUGUGUGCCAUCAUGCUUUCCCGGCAAAAUGUGUUACGUAGCACACCGGAUAAGAUAAUGCAGCACUUGUGUAAGAGGAAGGUGGAAAGAAUACAGUUCCCAGAAGACCUCCAGCAGUGGAUAAGGUACAACACAGCCACCAGUGAGACACUAAAGGCAAAGGAAGAGAUGGAGGAGAAGUUGGAUUAACCACAUCAUGAUGACAGGCCACUAAACUGUAGUCGGAACUUACCUGCAAGAUGGGAAUAAGGGAAAAAAUAUACUUACUCCAAAAAAAUAAGAAGGGUAUCGCUGCAGCCAGGAGCCAAAUUGUUGAGUAGUAGGGGCAAU